AUGUCAGCAUCACGAGCAGUAACUUGGUUACCGCGAAUACCAAAAGCAGUGAAAAUUGGACACAUUCCUCAACGUUUGAAAUCACCGCGACUAGAUUUUCAGCGAGCUCGCCUCGAAAUCCUACGGAGGAUGUGUAGUACUUUAUUUCGUGAAGAACGGGCAGAAUUUCGACUUCAUCGUGCAGUGGAGCUUCGUCCUUACGUGGAAAGGCUUCUCCAGUUUGGAAUACUUCGCGGUUCUGAAGAUCCAUACACCAGAGAAAUGGUGGAUUGGUGGAUAAUGGACGGUGAUAUACGCGAGAAGUUUUUCGAAGUCUAUGUUCCUCGAUUUCGGGAAAAAGAAGAUUUUGGUCCGUUUACAUCAUUAUAUUUUAUCCAGGACGAUCCCAGUGAAGGACACUUUCAUAGAGGAGUCAUUGAAUUAAACGGUAAUCCUUAUCCACCCAUAGUCAUCGAACAAAUGGUUUAUUCUCACAAUUUACUCAAUGUGCUCCUGAAAAAUGCAAUUUGCCAACAAAUGUCAAAUUUGCAGAUGCAACAUGCUGCGACGAAAUAG